CAUCGUUACCGUUGUCAAGACAGUUGUAGGUAUUCAUAUUUUCACAACGUUCAUUUUGUCUCUACGUCGAAUUCGGGAUGGAAGAAAAUUCGAAAGUUGAAUUUGUUACGAUGAACUGGUGCUGUUAUUUGUUGCAAAUAGUUGUGUCUCUAUUAGCUAUAAUCGCGUUGAAAAUAAUUUACUUUUUCAUAAAACGUAGAUAUACAAAAACAUUGGUAGUUAACCAAAAUCCUACAGAAGAGAGUGAAACUCAUGCAAGUAGGGAAAAUGUGUUAAAUGGAUCUUCGUCAGAGAGCUUAAAUGUAGAACUCGAAAAAAAAUGUGAAUUAUUAUGUCAAUCGGAUAAAAAUGAAGAACCAUCGGAAGUAUUAUGCAUAAAUGAUUCUGAGUCAUCGAAAUUCAUUCACACGGAAGAUGAUUUGGACCUGGAUUAUCUAUUAAGAGACUUAAUAAAUUUUGAUACAACUUCGGAGAUAGUAAUUGGACAACCUAACCCGGAAAAAUUUAUGGAUAAAGAUGACACUGUUUAUAAUGGUUACGGUUCUACUGAAGAUGAAAUGCCGGAAUUUAAGCAUAGUAAAAAAUUUCACGAUGUUUUGAACACUUGCAUACCAAAUUCUGAUUCACGUUCAACAAUUAUUUCGUGGAAAUCUUGUAAUAAAGAUAUCGACUACUCUGAAUCGGACUAUGUAAACAAUUUGUCCUCAGAAAAUCAAAAAAUACAUCAACCGCUAAAUCUAUGCAUAAAAGACAAUAAAAAUGAAACGGAAACAAAUAUAAAAAACACUAAAACAUUUUUCACGGACAGAAAAUAUAAAAAUACAAGAGACACUAGAGACAUAUUAAUGAUAAAUUCUGAACAUAGUUCUGUACCAAUUGAAGAUGAACAAAAUAUUUUAAAAGUAUGGAAUAAAUUGAAGAAACAGUAUGAUAUUUUGAUGAACACUAAAAUACACUCAUCCAUACUAUAUGACAAAUUGAAGAAUUUAGACUGUAUUUAUGAUAAAGAACUGCGUUCCCUAGGUCUAAAUGUCCCUGAAAAACUGAUAUAUCAUUUGGAAAACAUAGAACAUGAGCAGAAGCAUGAAAACCGUUUGGAAAUUACAAAACUCUCUAUUAUAAACCACAAUGAAUUUGAGAAUAAAGAUAAUUUGGAGAAUGUAAAACAUGAAUUGGAGAGUGAAGGCUGUUCGGAUAACACUGAACUCUCAAUUACAAAUCAUAAUGAAUCGGAGAAUGAAAACAAUAUGGAUAAAAUAAAAAGCUCUUUAAAUGAAGAUGAACUGGUGCUUGAAAACAAUUUGGAGACAACUGAACUCUCCGAUAUAAAUCAAAAUGAAUGGGAGAAUGAAGACAAUUUGGAUAAUACAGAACUUUCAAUUACAAAUCAUAAUGAAUCGGAGAAUGAAAACAAUAUGGAUAAAACAAAAAGCUCUUUAAAUGAAGAUGAACUGAUGCUUGAAAACAAUUUGGAGACAACUGAAAUGUCUUCUAUAAUUCAAGGUGAAUCAAUAUAUGAAUAUAAUUUGGAGAGUCCACAAAUGUCCUCCUUAAAUAAUGACAAAAGCAUUUCUGGUAUCGAUAGUCCUAUUAUCAACUGUAUUCAUGAUUAUGAGGUUCAAGGUAUCACAGACUUGAACAGUACUUCUUCAACUGAAGUCACAGAAUCAUUACCGAGUCCCAUACAUCAAACCAUCAAUUCAAUUGAUGAUAUUCGGUAUGUUGAAGACUACAACGAUAUAAGCUUCUUUGAUCCAACAUUAUCAGAUGAUGCCAUGAAUGAAGCUUUCAUAGAAGAUUAAAUAAUAUUGUAUCAAAAAACUCUAACUAGGUAACUUUAAUAUACAAGAUGAAUAAUUUUAUAAAAUUCACUAUUUUGUUAAAUAAGAACAAAUGGCAAUAAUGUAAAAAUGUACAAAUUCUGAAUGUAUUUUUAUAAGCCAUAUUUACAAUACAUGUCUAGUAAUAUAUUAAGUUCUUGUUUUUCUUUUAAA